UUUUCUGUUAAGGAUUCUGGAAAUCAAUUAAAUUCUAUAUUUAGACGUUCUCAAAUUUUGGUCCAGCCAAUAUAAAUAUGUGUGGUCAUUGGGAAGUCAUAGACAUCAAUUAGGUCGUUGCGAAGACAUACCACGGCUAGGUGAACAUGAAAUUCGUUAUCUGCUUGACAAUUUUGGCUUGCCUUGGUGCCUCGACCCUGGCCUGCAAUCCCCAUGAAAAUAACAAGCCCACUUGCAGUGCCAGUAAUGUGAAUGAACCCAUUCGCAACUUCUGGGAUCCCACCGGCUAUUGGAUAUGUGAAUCUGCCGACGGCAAUGCUGAAAUGGUCCACUGUCCGGAAGCCCAGUUGUUUGACUCGGAACAGGGCGAUUGUGUCUGGUGGGAUGAAUGGGAAUGGGUCGAUCCAUGCCCCGAAGAUUAAAUUUAUGUGGAGAAGUUUUUAAAACUUUAAAUAAAUGUUAUAAAAAAAAUU